AUGAACCCACACAUCCAGCUCCCACGGCCAACCGGCCAGCCGUCAAACUUUGGCUCCACGACGCCUUCGCGACGAACCGAAGCCCGAAUGCCACGCUUCUUCAAGCGACUCUUCAAGUUUCCACAAAUGGACUUUGAAAUGGCGAUAUGGGAAAUCAUGAGCCUGAUAAUAGCGCCCAAGAAAGUGUUUCGCCAAAUAUACUACCACAAACAAACCACCAAAACCUACCACCGCCCCGACCCCUCCUUCACCUACCUCCUCUCCUUCCUCCUAACCCUCACCUCUCUCGCCUGGGGCUUCGCCUACGCCCGCGGCUUCACCCAAACGCUGCACAUCACUCUCGUCUUCAUCUUCGGCCACUUCCUGCUCCUCUCCCUCCUCACAGCCACCCUCUUCUUCUUCCUCGUCGGCCGCCUGCUCGGCCCCGGCAACAGCCUGCUUCCCGGCCGCAGAAGGGGCCUGUACAACCUCGGGGAAGAAAGCGGCAGGGAAGAAUUGGAAUUCGGAUACUGCUGGGAUGUAGCGAUUCGAGCCUUUGUCCCCGUCUGGCUCUUUUUAUACGUGGUGCAGUUUCUGUGCAUGCCCUUGGUCGGGACGGAUCAUUGGCCCUCCCUCCUCCUCUCAAACACCCUCUACCUCCUCGCUUCAAACUACUACUUCAUCAUCACCUUCCUCGCCUACAACGCCCUCCCCUUUCUCCACCACACUGAACUCCUCCUCCUCCCUGUCGCUCUCACCACUAUCCUCUGGUUCGCCUCGCUCUUCGGUUUCAACAUGUCUCGCCAUUUUGCCCCCGUGCUGUGGGCUGGCGCUACGCUGCGUAGGGCUGUGUGA